GCUAACAAAAAAAAGAUUUCUUCAUGCAACCUAACCAAACUUUUCUUUUAAAAACUCAUCACAAACAUAGUGUUUUUCACAAUAAAUCUGUUGUUACAUUAUGAAUAGGCCAGAGUUGGAGGGCACGGCGCAUUUAUUGGAUGAAUUAGACAAGAAAUUAAUCGUAGUCUUACGCGAUGGCAGGACAUUAAUUGGAUACCUUCGAAGUGUUGAUCAAUUUGCCAAUUUGGUAUUACAUAAAACGAUCGAAAGAAUUCACGUAGGCAAGGAGUUUGGCGAUAUACCAAGGGGCGUGUUUAUUGUAAGAGGUGAAAAUGUAGUUCUUUUAGGUGAAAUAGAUGCUCAGAAGGAAGCUAACUUGCCUUUACGACAGGUUACUGUUGAUGACAUUUUAGAUGCACAAAGAAGAGAACAAGAAUCGAAGCAGGAUCAACAAAGACUGUUAACAAAAGCGUUGAAAGAACGUGGCUUAAAUUUGAUGCCCGAUUUAACUCACGAUGAUAUGUUUUAAAUUAAAUUAAGAUUAGUAUUUACAGAUUUAAUGAACGGAAAUUUCAAUACUGUUAGGUUCUAAAAUAAAGCUACUGUAUUAAAAAAAUGUUU